ACCAUUCUUGACAAUGCCACCUUGUGCUGAAACGGAUGGCUAUUUUUACCAGCGCAUUCGGGACAGCACGCCCCGUGUCGGCGAUCCCACCUCCGCCUCGGCCACCCCCGCGGCAGGGCGACAUUGCCGUAUGUCGUUUAUCGAUACGGCGACGCCGCGGCCGCAAAAGCCCGGCUGCUUCGAGCGCCUCAAGUCGAUCAAAGAUGUUCGCCAGGCCAUGACAAAGCAGCCAUCGAUCGUGGACCACGUAUUGCGCACAACGUUGUCCAAAGAGUCGGUGGGGCACCACGGCGGCGACACGUUGCGGCAAACUGUUCGCAACACGAUGGUGUUUCAACUGAAAAAGUCCAUCGGGUCCAUGCGCAGCAUUGCGUGCACCGUGUCGAGCGCGGCGAAGGCAGUCAAGAAGUUCUCGAUGGACGAGGACGCAGUGUCUGUCUCGGGUGCCGUGCCCAAGCUCCUGGGGCACGAAAACCACGUCGAAGAGAUCCGACAGGCUGUGAUCCGGCUCGUCGCCGACGGCGAGGUCAAGACGGAACUGGCCGAAGGCGAGCGCGUAUCGUACGACCGGCAGGGCGACCUCAAGUUUUACACGGACGAGAACCUGCAGCGACGGCUGGGGCUACGUGUACACCCACUGUUGUGCCGCCUCACGCAAAUGUUUUGGCUCAUGGCGGGCCAUCCCGCCGCCAUCUCGAUGGACUUCGAUGGGUACCAAGGCAUCCUCCUCCGCAUCCACAAGGUUCUGAUCGAGCUCUUCGACGUUGAAGAGUCCAAAGUCCUCAUCCGAGAGGACUGGGUGCGCGACACAAACGCGACAAAUGCCCUGACCUACGAGCUAUUUCACCUGUCGCUGUUUGAGCUCAUCGAUAUCUGGUGUGAUUCCCUCAAACCGGACGACUAUUGCAACUUGCUCUACUUGCUCAUGAACGGCAUUGCGCACAUGCAGUCGGGGACGUUUCGGCUGCGACGACUGCAAGACAUCAACUACGCAGAUGUGGUCGAGGAGCUCCACCUGAAGCCACGGACACCGGCUCAAAUCGAACUCGAAUUGGAUGCGCUCGAAGCCGAGAUGGCAGCCAUAUCUGCUGCCGAGGCGGCGGACGCCAUGGCAACGGCAGUCGCCCCCGUAGUCGUCCAAGGUGACCUCACCCCGGCAUCCCCGACGGCCGGCACAACGGGGACGACCGAGAUAUUGACGGCCAACCAUACCCACGACGACGACAUGACGCUCAAUAUUCCGUCGGGGAGGAUGAACCAACUCGAGCACCAUGACAUUCGACCGACAAAGCUCCACAAAGUGAAGCUCGCCGCUACCCACGCGACGGCAGCCACUACCUUUCGACCAGACGCAAUGGCUCUAGCGAUUCCCGCGCGAGAGCCCGCAGACCCUCCUCGACCUGAUGUCGACUUGUUUGGAACGACGCCGCAAGCGCCAAAUCCACGAAACGAUGUGGACGCAUCCGCACGGGUCACGACUUGGGCUGCAUCCGACACUUCCGAGGCCCCUGCAUCCCCCUUGCUUGACGCGCUAUUGACCACUCAUCAUUCCUCGUCGAAUCACCACAUCCAUCCAUCGCCAGGUCGACACAUGAGCCAGGCGGUGCAGCCGACCGACAUGGCCAACGUGCUCGCCAAUGCCACCUCGGCCUUUCACAGCGACAUGACAAAGGUGGAUGCACCGACGCCAACUCUUCGCCGCUCAACACUUGCCCGACCUGUUCAUUCGAAGCGGUCCGUGGCAUACAAUCCAAAUCUGAAAGACCCCACGUCGCCUCGAAAGACGUCGUACCAAAAAGUCUUGGCAGAGGCCCCGACGACGUCCUCUGGGUUCUUUAUCAAGUCCAUCUCGGGGUUUUCGUCGAUUCCUGCAGGAACUCCUCCAUCCUCACUCGCACCCGCGCAACCCUCUCCCAAACAAGACCCAACGCCCCCUCCCCAGGCGCAAGCGCAUCCUGGAGAUGCGACCCACGGCAGCAGCGUGUACGCGAGCCGCCCGCCCGUGUUUAGCCUUGCGGGGGCCAAAAGUCCACGGGGCCAUCCCGUGUGGAAGCCCAAACGGCCUGGCCAUAACGAUCGGUUUGGACAAGGCAUCCCCCCCCCAGGAUCGGACCAAGGAAGCGCGGCCUUUUCAAUCACAGGGCUCGGGGGGCAUACCGAAAAUGCCAUGCUGCUGGACGCCGGUCGGUCCAUCAACUCUUUGGCGAGUUCGGGGCCGACCAUGAACAUGGGGCCUCUCACCGGCAACGGAAUUGGAAUUCUCGGAGGCAAGCCAACGUACAAGCCUCCAAAAGACGUCUCGAUCCGACCCACUGGGGGGGUUGUCAUGGCACCGAAGCAGCGAGACCAGGGGGGAUUGAUAACGUCUUCACCAACAAAGCCCGAAACCUCGGCACAUCCACCAGGGGGGCUCAAGCUAGACGACCUUCGAUCCCCCACAGUUCAGAAUUCGCCAGCGACAUCCGCACACCGCGACAACCGCUUCGCGACGGCGCCAUUUGACAACCGUGUUGCGUAUUCGACGGCACCACAGUUUGACAACCGGGUGGGGGGCGGCACGAAACGAGGCAGGCAGUUGGUCAAGCAAGCGGAAACCUUUGCGUCUGAAAUGGUGCAAGACCUAGCGGCUAUAUCGUUUGGCAACGCCCGCCCUCCGUCCAACGCUUCAGCUCCCACGUCCAUCUCCGGCCCCCCGGUUUCCCCAACCAUGCGAGAGACAGAUUUGCGGCUCGGGAGUCCCUCGGCAUAUUCAAAGCUUUAUCGCGGCGGCCAGCGCCUCCUUUUGCAUCUCACAAGCCAGACAGUUGAGCGGGACAUGGCAUUUGAUGGCCAGCUCGUCGCUCGACGACUGAGCGCGACGACCGCAACUCCCCUCCAAGCCAAGCAAUCCCCUGAAGCGUUCCAUGGCGCCACGACGCAGCCGCCGCAAUACGACCGCAACCUAGCCAACCUCCAAUUCAGCAUCCAUGCACUGAAUGCCCCCACAUCGUUCAAAGCACAACCUCCAUCGCCGACCCCUCGACAUCUUCCAGGGAAAAAGCCACCCCCGCCAUCGACCGGCGUGUCGUCCCCCGUAGGAAACGGCGUAGGUGUCGUCACUGCCACCGCCAUUGGGAAACCGCGGUGAUGAUACGCCGUCCCCGUGUCAUGUAAAUCAGUCCUUCGAUUCCCU